AUGCCUCAAGAGUUUUCUGAAUAUCCUACCACAAGAAUUAUUUUGGAUUGCAGUGAAGUAUUUAUACAACGACCAUCUGCAAUGCUGGCACAAUCUGAAACUUGGAAAGAUUACAAACACCAUAACACAUGGAAAGUGUUGGUGGGUGUUACUCCCAAUGGUCAGGUGUCCUUUAUUUCAGACUUGUGGGGGGGACGAGUUUCAGACAAGCAAAUCACACGCGGAAGUGGUGUUCUCAAUCUAUUAGAGCCUGGUGACAAUGUCAUGGUUGACAGGGGCUUUGAUAUUUCAGAUACUGUGUCAAAUGGCGUAAUAGUAAACAUGCCUCCUUUCUUGGCUGGAAGAGAUCAGAUGACUGGGGUAGAAACUCAGGAAACUAUGAGCAUAGCCUCUUUGCGCAUACAUGUCGAACGAGCAAUUGGGAGGAUAAAGACCUACCAUAUACUGGAUGGAACACUUCCAAACACUUUGAGCUCAUAUGCCUCACAGAUUGUCAAAGUCUGUGCCUCAUUGACAAACUUUCUUCCUCCAUUAUUAAAGUCAACUUAUCAACAGUAG